AGAUCAGCUGUCCCCCGACGUACAUGCCCGAGCACUCUGGCCGAAGGCCUACCCCCCCUCGCAUAUGUCCGCCCAUUGUCCAUUGGUCCAUCCUCCCCCGGCUCUUGCGCCCGGGUGAACCAAGAGACCCUCCUGCGAAUCGACGCGCGCCCCGAUGUUCGGGGACUCGUCCCGACAAGUAGGCAAACGGGGGCUCGCCCUGCCAGAUACCGACCUGCCCUGACUUGUCCCGUCCCCAGGUAGCCCCAGGUCGGGGCUACCCCAGACAGCCCCCGCCGGGGAAAGCGUAUAAAAAGCCGCGUCCGGGAUGGAGGAUUUCGUCAGCUUUCAGGAGCAUAUCCUCUAUCCAAACACACUUGUAUAUCGAACGAACAGACAGAAUGUCGACGGUGACGCUGCAGAGAACGCAGACCAAGAUGCCCCUGGUUGGCUUUGGUCUGUGGAAGGUUCCCAAUGAGACGUGCGCAGACACCGUCUACAAUGCCAUCAAGAUGGGCUACCGUCUCUUCGACGGCGCUUGCGACUACGGGAAUGAGAAGGAGGCGGGUGAAGGCGUUCGUCGCGCAAUCGCAGACGGUUUGGUGAAGAGGGAAGAGCUGUUUAUCACAUCCAAGCUGUGGAACACAUUCCAUGCGCAUGACCACGUCAAGCAACUCGCGAAGAAGCAGCUUCAGGACUGGGGCCUCGACUAUUUCGACCUCUACCUCGUCCACUUCCCCAUCGCCAUCCAGUACGUCGCCCCCGAGCACCGCUACCCGCCGACCUGGUGGGACGACGAAGGCAAGCUCUUGCCACCCGUCAACGUCCCCAUGCAGGAGACCUGGAGCGCGAUGGAAGAGCUCGCCGACGAGGGCCUCGCCCACAACAUCGGCGUCAGCAACGUCUGCGGCGGCCUCCUCCUCGACAUGUUCCGCUACGCACGCAUCCCGCCGCAGGUUCUGCAGGUCGAGCUGCACCCAUACAACAGCCAGGCGGCGCUCAUCAAGGUGGCGCAGCUGCUCGGCGUCGUGGUGACGGGCUACUCGCAGUUCGGGCCGAUGGGGUACAGGGAAAUUGGCGCGGACAAGAACACGGGGCUGUUGUUCGACCAUCCGGUGAUUCAGAAGGUUGCGCAGGCGCACGGGAAGACUCCGGCGCAAGUGCUGCUGCGGUGGUUGACGCAGCGGAACAUCACCGUCAUGCCGAAGGCGACGAGAAACGACUUGUUGCAAGAGAACUUGCGCAGCGACGACUUCCAGCUGACGGACGAGGACUUCAAGCAGAUCGCGACCUUGAACAUCAAUCGCAGGUUCAACGAUCCUGCCGAUCUCGAUACCAAGUUCUCCAUCUUCGCUUGAGGGACGAGAGGGACAAAGAGCAGAAGCAAUAAAUCUGUACUAUUAGGCUGAUUAGGCUGUAUACCGUAUCAUUUGGGGUAAUAGCGAUCGUGUCACGUCCUUCCUGCAUUCCUUGCGCAGCCUCUCGCAGCAAUUGAGACAUGAACGGCAGCCUGCGGAGGGGGACGCGCGUC